UAGAAACCUGUUACAUUGUUUACCUCUUCGCUGAAAUUUAAACCAAUGCCACCGCGAUUGCCGAUCGCAAGGGUCAGAAACUUCUUGCAGCUAGGACUAAGAACUAGAACGAUGAGCUCCCAACCAAGUGUGUACGUUACCCGUCCGGAUGUGGAUGCCAGCGGACUGGAGUUGCUGCGUAAGAGCUGCCAGGUAAGUACCUGGAGCGAGACCCUGCCUGUGCCCCGGGCCGAGCUGAUCCGCCAGAUAGCCGGAAAAGACGCCCUGUACUGCGCCCUGACUGACAAGAUCGACAAAGAGGUGCUGGAUGCUGCCGGUUCCCAGCUGAAAUGUGUGUCUACCAUAUCGGUAGGCUAUGAGCACAUUGACGUGGAGGAGUGCAAGAAACGUGGCAUUCGAGUGGGUUACACACCGGACGUGCUGACUGAUGCCACUGCAGAAUUGACUGUUGCCCUCCUACUGGCCACCAAUCGGCGCCUGUUUGAGGCCAACAAGCAGGUGUUCAACGGCGGCUGGAAGUCGUGGGCCCCCAUGUGGAUGUGCGGCCAGGGUCUAAAGGGGUCCCGGGUCGGACUUCUCGGCUUCGGACGCAUCGGGCAAGAGAUAGCGGCACGCAUUUUACCCUUCAAGCCAGCGGAGAUAACCUAUACGACCCGCUCGCCACGCCCGCAAGAAGCGGCGGCAGUCAAUGCCCGGCACGUGGACUUUGAAGAGAUGCUGCGCAACUCUGACUUUAUCGUUGCCUGCUGCGCCCUGACUCCACAGACCAAGGAGAUCUUUAAUGCCGCGGCCUUCCAAAAGAUGAAGUCCAACUGCAUCUUUAUCAACACGGCGCGCGGCGGUGUCGUGGAUCAGCAUGCAUUGUACGAUGCUCUGAAGAACAACACAAUCCAAGCUGCUGGGUUGGACGUGACCACACCAGAGCCCCUGCCCUUGGAUGACCCUCUUCUCAAGCUGGACAAUGUGGUUAUUCUGCCGCAUAUUGGCAGUGCUGAUAUUGAGACACGGAAGGAAAUGUCUCGUAUAACGGCUAGAAAUAUAUUAGCCGGGCUGGUUGGCGAGAAGAUGGAAGCUGAGGUAAUACUGUAGAUGCAAAGAUAGCCUGGCUCUGCUAGAAUUGCUGAUUAUAUAUAACCUUAUUGGGUAUAAAUGUUAAUAAAAGGUCAAAAAGUAAUGAACGAA